UUUAUAAUAGGAUUCGGUCGUUGCUCUAAUCAUAGUGUGUGUGUAUAUAUAUAUAUAUAUGUAGCGCGUAACAGGUGUGGUUGACGAGCACUCUAUCCCAGAAUUCCUUUGGUCCGGAUGCCAUUGUUGGUUUUGGUCACGUGACAGGAAGCGUUCUAAGUAGUAUCGACGAGGGGAAAUGAUAACGAUAUGCGUUAUUGUUGGAUGUUAUUCACGUAAUAAAAGCAAAAGUCAUGAUUUUUUGGAUUUAUUUGGGGCAACAAUUGUGGUAUAUUUUAAUGGGUAAUCAUACUGUUUGCCAGAGGUAGUUUUAUUAAAUUGUGAAGAUGGAAGUUGCUGAUUGCCAAAGAUUAAAUGAAAAUAUUUCGGAAUUAUCACCGGGAAAUGGGUUGACUUCUGAUGUAUUACGAGCACGGGCUUUGGAAUAUUACAAUAGCUGUCAACCGCAAACUUCCCGCCAGUGUUGUGGAUCGGUACUUAAAAGUGGAAGUACGACCCAUAUUAAUGGUAUAGUUAAUGGAAAUAAUGUAACAACUAAGUUGAUAAAAAUUCAGGAUAAGCACAAGGAUAAAGUUUUACAGCAUAAUAUAAGCAGUCAAAGAUUGAUUACUUCCCAUGGAAGAUUAGACCGUCCACAAAGAACACAUAGUGAAAGAGCUAAUCGUGCAUAUACUGAACGUGCUAUGACUCAUACGGUUUUAGCAAAUUGUGCUACCACUUCAUCCAGUAAAUUAGGUUUGUAUAGAAGCAACAGUAGCUUAGAUUUAGAUCAUAGUGAAGAACUUGAAGAAGAUGGAAAUCAUUUACUUAGAAGAAAUUAUGGAAGUGCAUCAUCAUUGGAUGUUAUUAGCACUGCUGGUGAAAAUUUUUUUGCUAUGCUCAGGGAAUACAGAAAUGAAAAUAUUGAUCAUAAAAAUCGUAAUGUGUUCAAAAUACAUGAAUAUCAUAAACAUAAAGCUGAUUCUUUACCAAUAACUUCACAGCAUUCUUCAACUUCAAAUGGAAAUUUCAAAUCAAACAAUCCAGUUAAUUUAGAAGAAUCUCAGAGUCCAAAAUUAAAAACGAAACUUCAGAGAUUGUGGGAAAGUAAAGAUCGUAGCAAAGUAAAAACAAAAGUUGUUAAUAGUGAACCAUCUAUUUUUAAAAAGUUGCGUGGAAAUAAAACUGAUAGCAUUGAUAUAUACAAGGGAUCGGAUAAUAAUCUUGAUUCUGAAAGUCGAUUAGAAGAAAAAUUAAGAAAGAAAGCCUUUGCACAUUAUGAUUGUCAAAGCAUAACAGCUAAUAUUAGUUAUGCUUCUCGAUUGAGGAACUUAUUGAGUAAGAGACGUAAUACUACAACUGGAGCAUCUGCAGCUUCAAUGUUAACUAAGUCUCCUUAUUGUCUUAGUGAGGAUCACCUAGAAGAGAAUGAUCUUGGUGAUGGUAGAAGUAACAAAUUAGUUUUAAGUUGUCCUUUCUUCAGAAAUGAAUUAGGUGGAGAAGAUGAAAGGAUAAUCAGUUUAAAUCGUAUGACAUCAAGAAAUCAAAGAAAGAAAGAAGAAUUAGUUAAAUGGCUUCCUACACUUCAUAAGCAUGUUAUGGCAUGUGGUUUGAGUAUUCUAGAAAAUGGUAAUUAUUUAAAGUGGAAACAGCAAUCUUGUCCCUAUCAGAAACCUUCUUUAAAUAUUGAAAAUGUUGAUAAUGGUUCAUAUUGCUACAGAAAGUUCUUUUAUAAUCAAGAUCAUCAAAAUUGGUUUGGAAUUGAUGAAACUCUUGGUCCUGUUGCAAUAAGUAUUCGGCGAGAAAAGGUUGAGCAUUUAGAUUUAAUAAAUAGUUCAAAUCUAGGAAGUACAAAUAAUAUAAUGCCUGUUCAGUAUCAGUUUAGAUUGAUUGUUCGUACUAGUGAGUUGACUGUGAUGAGAGGAACAAUUUUAGAAGAAGCUAUUCCAUCUCUUGCUCGAACUAAUGCUACCAGAGGAAAUUAUGUAAGAGAGGUUCUUGAAUAUGUUGUUCCAGAAUUGCAGUUACCAUCUCUACGAUUAGGAAUUCCUGGAAAUCAAACAGAAGAACAACUUUUGAAGCUAGAUGAACAGAGUAUUACUAAAACAUACAAAGUUGGAAUUAUGUAUUGCAAAGCAAAUCAGUCGACAGAAGAAGAAAUGUAUAAUAAUGAACAUUCAGGACCAGCAUUUGAAGAAUUUUUGGAUAUGUUAGGAAAACGUGUUCGAUUGAAAGGUUUUGACAAAUAUAGAGCAGGUCUUGAUAAUAAAACUGAUACAACUGGUUUAUAUUCUAUAUACUCUGUAUAUCAGGACUGUGAAGUUAUGUUUCAUGUAUCAACAAUGUUGCCCUAUACUCCAAAUAAUAAACAACAGUUAUUAAGAAAGCGGCACAUUGGAAAUGACAUUGUUACUAUUGUAUUUCAAGAACCUGAUUCAUUACCUUUUACUCCAAAAAAUAUACGUUCUCAAUUUCAGCAUGUAUUUAUCGUUGUAAGAGCAAUCAAUCCCUGUACUGACAGAUCAUCUUACAGUAUUGCUGUAAGUCGUUCAAAAGAGGUUCCGGUGUUUGGUCCUCCAAUUUCUGAAACAGCAACAUUUCCAAAAUCAAAAGCUUUUGCUGAUUUUUUACUUAACAAAUUGAUCAAUGCUGAAAAUGCUGCACAUCGUUCAGAAAAGUUUGCAACUAUGGCUCAGAGAACUCGACAAGAAUAUUUAAAAGAUUUAGCAGAAAACUAUUCAACAAACACCACUAUUGAUUCUGGUCCAAAAUUCUCUAUUUUAUCUUUUACUGGAAAGAAGAAGGAAAGAAUUAGACCUAGAUUUAUUCCUGAUGCAUAUGUUCAAGGUGCUAUUUCAUGGCAAAUUCAGAUAGAGGAUCAUGGUCAGUCAGCUGUAAUAGAAUGUUUUCUUGGAAUUUCCUGUGAUACUAUAAUAUUAAUUGAAGAAAGCAAUAGGGAAAUAAUUUUUGCUUGCCCAUGUAGUUCAAUUAUUGGCUGGUCUUUAUUAGGAAACAGUUUAAAACUGUUUUAUCAUCAAGGAGAAUGUAUUGUAAUGCAUUCAAGGGACUCUGAUUUCACAGAACUUCAUGAAAUUAUUGCUAGAUUAUCUUGUGUAACUGCUGGUUGUGAAACUCAGGAGUUAAUAUUAAGGAGAAAUAGUUUAGGCCAGUUGGGAUUUCAUGUACAGUAUGAAGGAAUAGUUACUGAAGUUGAAAGUUACGGAUUUGCUUGGCAAGCUGGGUUAAGACAAGGAAGUAGAUUAGUAGAAAUUUGUAAAAUUGCUAUAUCAACUCUGACAUAUGAUCAGAUGGUUGAUCUACUGAAGACAUCCAUGACAGUUACUGUUACUGUGAUACCCCCAUUUCCUGAUGGUUCUCCUCGUAGAGGUUGCAUGCUUCAAAAUUGUAGUUAUAUGAAUAAUAAUUCCAUGGGUGAUUAUGAGAAUGUGGAAAACUAUGUUAGUGAAGAUGAAUCUCAUAAAAACAAUUCAAAUCAAAAGAUAAAUGCCUUUCCACAAUGUCAAGUGUCAAUAAAGCAUGAUAAUCAUAUGAAUAUGAGAUCUACAAAUUUAUAUAAAGGUAGAAAUUCUGCAGCUACUUCAAGGAUAUCUGAGAAUACUCCUGAGAAACAAUUUCCAGAAUUAAAAAAAAACAUUCACCCAGUUCAUCAUACUGUUACACCAGGAAAGAACAUGUCACAAGAUGCAUCAAUAUGUAAUCAAUCAGUUCCUUACUCAACUAUUGUUACAGAUCAUGAACGUGAUCUACCAUCAUUGUCUUCAGUCAGAAAUGUUAACACUGUUCGAGAUCAUAUAUCAAAUCAUAAUUCUGUUCCAAGUCAUCUUCAUCACAGUUUUCACAAUCAUGGUAGGAAUAUUCGGGAACAGAACAGACUAACUCAUGUAGGAAAUAUGGUUGUUGCUCGCAGUGAACUUUCUUUAUCAGAUGUAACUCCUUUCCACAGUCGGUCACAUUCUCAUCAUUCAGUUGUUGGUACACCAUCAGCUGGAUCAAGAACUACAUCGGAGACAAAUUGUGGAAAUCAAAACGCAUGCUCUCAAAAUGUUAAUUCUUCUAGAACUGACUUUAUAGACCCGUCUAAAAGAUCUCCACCAUUACAAAAAAAAUCAGAUUAUCAAACAGAUAAUUGGUCAAAAAUUGUGUGCAAUACAGUUUCAAAUUCAUAUUGUAAUGUGAUCUUACAUAAACAUAAUCAAAUAAGUGGUUUGCAUGAUGUUAAUUCUGAAAUAUCUAAUCCGCGAUCUCAUAGUCCAAGAUCCUCAACAAGAAACCAGUCUGACCUAUCACAUUCUAAACUAAAUCGAUUACGUCCAGGAGUAACAUCUGUCAGUAAUCGUCCACCAAAGAUUUCUUCAAAUUUAGCUGUAAGUGGAAGUAGUGGAAGCAGUUGUAGUGGUAGCACAAGCACUUUACAAGAAGAUUUACUUAAAUUAAUAAAUCCAGAAUUUUUAGAUAGUGACAGUAAUAGUGAGGAACCAUUAUCAUCUCAAGUGGAUUCAGUUCCAUCUGAUGGUGGUUCUCAUACUCAACAAUCAACUCCUUAUUCAUCUCUGGAAAGAAAAAGUGUUAAUGACUCUAAUAGUAAUAUUAAGUCAGAAAAUGUUACACCUGAUCCUACAUUGGAUACAAAUCAGUCACAUGAUGAUGUCAUAUUAACAAAAGCUCACCCAGCUCAAGUUAUUUCAUCUGAACCAUCUUCUCCAGCUCCAGCUGAUUCAGUAAGAAUGUCCAGAGAUGAAAGGUUGUCACCAAGAGUGACGUCUGAUCGUAUGCUGAAUAAAUUGAAACCUCUUCCUCUUCCUCCACCUCCACCUCCACCUCCACCUCCACCUCCUCCAGCUUCUUUAAUUCCACUUCCAGAAGGUCGAGAUAUUGAUUGGCCAAGUCUAGUUGAUACAGCAACCAAAGCAAUGGAGAAUCUUCCUGCAUCUAAAUCUGCUUGGUUAGAAGUAGAAGAAACAGGAGAAACUGAAGCAAGUAUAUCAAAUAAAACUUCUCAAGUGCAUGAACUAGAAAAUACUGUCUGGAGACUCCAACAAGAUUUGGUUAAAGAACAACAUCAAAAGGCUAAUUUGGAACAAAAAGUAAGGCAGUUAACAGAAGAAAACCAACGAUUGCAAGCAGAGUCUCAGUCUACGGCAGCACAACUCAGACGAUUUACUGAAUGGUUCUUUCAAAAUAUGGAAACACAUUCAUAACAGAUUAUUAUUUUUAUAUUGCUUUUUACCAAAGAUAAUUUUUAUUACAUGUAAAGAUGGAAGCAUUUAAAAUGUUUUUAUUUACUGGUUUU